UUUCCCACAAUUCCGUUGGCGAAUUCGUCGCUGUUACGUCACAUGUUUUCCUCCCUCACGCGGUGGAUAUCUCCGGCGGAUCGACGUUACCGUAGCGGAGUCGGGGAACAUGGCAGACGAGGAGGACUCGGCAUCAGAGCCUGCCGCUGUCUCUCCCCCGGGGAGCCCUCCCUCUGAGCGGCCUCACUUUGUCUCUUUCUCCGAAAGCGUCCAGCCGGCCGUUGGGAUGGUGAGCCAGCUGCUGAGCCAGCCGUCUUCCCUAAAGUUUGAUAAAAACAUCAAACAGGCCUUCUAUAACACCGGGGCGAUGAUAUUCGUGGCUAUCUGCUGCGGGGCGGCGGUGUUAGUCUACUUCAUCCUGGAGGCCUUCCUCCGCCCGCUGCUUUGGGCCACGCUUUGCGGAACCUUCCUCCACCCCUUCAAGCACUCCCUGGCCCGGCUCGGCCGUUCCUGGCUCAACGGCCUGCAGGAAACCGGGACUCCCAUCGUGCUGGGGACCCUGCUGGUCCCUGUGUGGUGUGUGAACUACGGGGUGGAGGCGAUGGGCAGGCUAGUGCUGGAGAGGCUCACGGUGCUGCUGGUAAUCGGUGCCGGGGCGCCGCUGGUUUACUUCCUCUACCUGUUCUGGAGCGUCAUCGGCAUGCAGGUGAUCCUUGGGCACGUCUGUGGGAUCAUCGGGGCCGUGCUGGACUGUUUCCACACCGUGUGGGUGUGCACUGUGGUGUUUGGUUACCUGUUGGCUGUUUGUUUCAAAUGGGGUCCCCACACUGAGCGCUACCUGCGGGCUUUGGCUCUUCCUGUCUGGUCCAUCCUGCUUUUCUACAUAGUGUCCCUGACCGGCUCGUGGAGAGUGCCCUUAUUUGUGGUUAUGGUUGUACUCAUGAUUGUGGGCUCCCAAGAGAAACCGCCUGUUCCUGGCAGAGGAGAGCUGUCGGGGCAGGUGUUGUCAUUUGCUGCUAACACUAUUUACAUGGCAAUCUCCUGUAGCAACCUUCAGCCGAAAACUGAGCCCAGUGAAGACUCUACAGAUGGCGUGCAGUCUGUUGGCCCACUUCCCUCCACGCCUGGAUUCCCUCAAGGCUCUCGUUCAUUACCAGCCGGCCUCUUCCAGAAAGAAAAAAGCUCCCACAGAGCCAGUGAUAUCUACUUCAUUCUGCUGGUGUGGGCCAUCGUACUGGUUCAGGUGUGGCUCAACCUGUGGAUCCUGCAGCUGCUGCCCAUUCCUGUGGCUGUGUGGGUGCUGAAGAAGUCUGUGGUCCACUUUGGCCUGAAGAGCUUUGCAGAGCGGACACUGAGCUCGUGGUGGGCCGUGCUGGAGAAGCUCGGACGUGAGAGAGAGGAGGCCCUGCUUCCUGGACCAAUCAAAGGCCUGGCUCAGUUCCUGCUGCGUAUUGACACUAAGCUCUGGCAUUGGCUUAACAAGCAGAUGAUUGUGUGGUUGGAGCGAUCUCUGGAUAAGAUCAUCAGCAUCUUCAUCAUCUUCCUCCUGGUCACAGGGACAUUGCUCAUGGCUCUUCUACUCACCGCUAUGGUUCAUCACGAAAGCGCUCACAUCAUCGACGUGACAAGUAAUCUCAUCAAUGAGACUGUGUCUAACCAUCCAGAAUGGGCCAAUUGGCUUCCAGAGGCCCGAGUGGUGCAGAAAGCUCUAAACUCAGCUGCGACUAAUGUCUAUCAACAUGGUAGAGAAUGGAUAACACAUAAGCUUCAUAAGAUGUUAGGAGACAAGGUGAACCACACAGCUGUGAUUGAGAAGCAGGUUUUAGAGCUCUGGGAUCGACUCUACCACUCCUGGUUUGUGAAGAACACAACGCACACUGGACGCCAUCGUGGCCAGAAGAUGAUGGCCCAGAGGCAGAACAGCUGGUUGGGCGACAUCCUGGACUGGAAGGACAUCGCCUCGUUUCUACAGGAAAAUAUUGAGACCCUGCUGUCUAUCCUGGAGUCUCUGUGGGUGGUAAUGAGUCGAAACGUUGGCCUCCUCAUCUCUACCACAACAACUCUCUUCACUGUCCUUUUCCAUAGCGGCACAGCUCUGCUGAACUUCGCCCUGAGUCUAGUGAUUUUCCUGACCACUCUCUUCUACCUGCUGAGCUCCAGCGGUGAAUACUACAAACCUGUGAAAUGGGUGAUCAGCCUGACCCCCCUCUCCCAGCCCGGACCCUCCUCUAAUAUCAUAGGCCAGUCUGUGGAAGAGGCCAUCAGAGGAGUGUUUGACGCCUCUUUCAAAAUGGCUGGCUUCUACGGCCUCUACACUUGGCUCACUCACACCAUCUUUGGCAUCAACAUCGUCUUCAUUCCCUCGGCUCUGGCUGCCAUCCUGGGUGCCGUGCCGUUUUUGGGGACGUACUGGGCGGCAGUGCCAGCGGUGUGCGACCUGUGGCUGGCUCAGGGAGAAGGCGUAAAGGCAGUGCUGCUGCUGAUCUUUCACCUGCUUCCAACAUAUUUUGUAGACACAGCAAUCUACUCAGACAUAUCAGGGGGUGGACAUCCUUAUCUGACUGGUUUGGCGGUGGCAGGAGGGGCAUAUUAUCUGGGUCUGGAGGGGGCCAUCAUUGGGCCGAUCCUCCUCUGCAUCCUCGUGGUUGCAGCAAAUAUCUACAGUGCCAUGCUGAUGAGCCCCAGCUCAGCUGUGCCAACACCUGUGCAGUCCACCUGGCCGCUGCAUCCUUUAAGGACCUUCACAGACGCCACCCCCUCAGUCCUGAAGAAGAGCAGUGAGUGAGAUUGAGUGGAGUUUGAUUCCUGCGGCUCCUUGUCGGCUGAUUCCUAAGUGGAACUGCUCUCAUGCCUGAAGCUCCUCCUACGGCGCCCGCCCGACUCUACAGGAGUCAGCCCCUAGCCAAAAGAGUAGGCAGCUUAUCGGCUUGUUACCCAUGAUGCUGUUGAGUCCCAAAAAUUGCACAUGUGAGCGUUUGUACUGAUCGCAAACAUGGACCAAUUAUUGCACAAUGGGAUUCAAAUAGUGGAGAUGUUGACGCUAAUUAGUCAUUGCUCUGUGCCGUGUGCCUAAAUUGGUUUUGAUAUAUCUAAAAAAAAAAAAAUCUUCAGUAAUCGUAAAGUUUGUGGUGAAUGAUACGUUGAUAUCUACAAACCCCUGAUGUCUACCCGUGCACCCCGGUGGUGUGUAAGCUCCAGAUCGUGGUCGUGCAGUGUUUGUACUCCCUACCUCUCUCCUCUUGGAGGCUCAAGUUCAGUCUAAAGUGACGGCUGGUUUUAGUAAAAACACAUUGAAAUAGUCAGGCCUGGCUCAGGGGGAGUCCCUGACUGUAUGUUUGUUUAACCUAAUAUUCUUCACUUUUUAGUGAUGGUUGUUCUUCAGACUCCCCCCUUUUUUGCUCUCCUUCUUGAGUUAUUACUUUGUCACUUUUUUUUAGUUUUCUUUUGAAAAUGUCCUUCAGUGCUUCAUUUCUUCAUGUUCACAUUGAUGGCAACUACUUUGUUUUAAAGGAGUUUGUUUCGACCCUAACCUGCAACUUCCAAAAAGUCUGUGCUCACCGUGAUUGUCCAAGCUUGAUUUGUUCUUCAUUUACUUCUUUGUUUUGCUGUAACAUUGUCACAGUGAUGAUAUCAGCUGUCCAUGCUUGGUGUUUUAUUUUGAAAAUGAAGGGAUGCUCUGUGCUUUCCCUUCCCUGACUUUCUGUUUGUGUGAAUCUGCUUUAGGCCACUUGAUGCAUUCUUGCAGCAGUUCUGCUGAAAAAUAGACUCAGCACAUAUCUCUGACGCGCUGGAGUGUGCUGAUGAAACCCAAAGACUGACUAGAAAGGUGGCUGGACAGAGCAACUGUGAAGAAACUGUGGGUAGGGGAUAAAUAAGGGACUGUUUAACAUUUUUUCAUCUAUUUUAAGCUUUUUUAAAAAUCCCACAGAGUGAAAAAACACACUAAACUACUUUGAUUUAACCAGUGUUGAAACAGGUUUACGCUCAGAAUAACCUCAUAUUGACUAGCUUGACUAAGUCAUUUCUGAACUUUCACGCGUGACUUUGAUUUUGUCAGUAGUUCUACAUCCUUCAUAAAUGGUUUUAUAUGUUUUAAUCACCUCAUCUGCUUUGCACUCACUCACUCCAUUCUCAAAUAUCAGUCUCAGUACUUUUUCUGAAUAGAGAGUAAGAAGACGUUUACAUCACAUGAAGCUUUAAUUAACAAGCUGUACAUAUGAACUGUGUUUGUAAUGUGACACAUUGAUAAAACAUGGCUACUGUGUUAGCUGCCUGACGGGGGUUGGAUGGGGCAGUGCAACGUGUUUGGGGUUUCAACAAGAACAAGCAAUAGUUCACUGUAACUGAAUUACUGUUGUUUGCAUUUGGUACUGUUUAACUGUUUUCUUUUUUAUCAAUGGAUAUGCACUGACACAAUAAAACUACAUUCAAACUGAA